AUAUGAGCAUCGUUACAACCAAGACAUGCAAACUCCACAAUGGAACCUAUGGAUGAAAACGAUCCUAUUCAUAACAGCAGACAUCGAUUUCUUCGAAAGAGAAAUAUGUGAAACACAGCGGCUCGGAGAACCCUCUCAACAACGCGGUCGAUAUAGGGAAAAAGUCUUUCCAUAACCUCACGGUUCCGCUUACAUGUGGAAUUAAUACAUCGGAAGGCAAUACUACGCUCUCGAUAAUUGAUUAAUCGACAGAGCACUUGUAGGCAGAGAGCCUAUGCGUUGACAACAGGUACGGAAGUCCUGGCGAGGCAAGGGGUUGAGCUUGGUCACAGAAAUGGUGUGCCAGUUUAUCUAGUUAUUACCACCGCGCCACAACCAUUCCAACAGUGAUCAGAUCGAUUCUGAAAUGAACAUGAUGCUAUGAAGUCCCUUCACAUCGAGGACAGAGAAUGGACCGUUCGGUUUGCUGAUGUGCCAUCGCUUCGAAAAAUACUCUUGUUCGUGGAGAGCGGAGGAAGAGCGCCCAGACACUCAAUGUGUGUCUGCACCCUCUGCAGUUGACACUAAGCAGCAGACGACAGUUUCAGGCAAAGAAGAGUGAAGCGCAAUCACUGAGAGAAUAUAACAACGACUGUGUCUACUGGAAACAAGCAUUUAUAUAGGCAGUGUUCGUUAUCCUCAACAGCUGAUGCGUUGUUGUCAUCUAUAUAUGACUAUAAAUCAUGCACAAUUCUGUAUCGAUCGCUACAGACGAGUCCGCCGAUCUGGCGCUUCGCCUCUUUCUAGCCUAGUUAUUGGUACCAUGCCUAGGCAACAGACCAUGUGUGAUGGUAGCGGGCUUGCUGCAACACCAGAGGCCUGAUUCAUGGGACAAUUUGGAUAGGCUUGUCAUGGUCAAUAUGUGAGGCCACGUGUCGGAUUCAAGUGACACCAAUCGGAUACUCUCAGUCUUUCAUACUUUGUGAUUUCGUCACUGUGUCGUCAUGAGGCCUGCAUUGCACGCCAAUAUGCUGCGGCACCGCAGUCAGCGGGCCCGGCGACUUUACAACAGACCCCAUACCUUCUCCCUCAGUCGCUUGUUAAUGAUAAUACUUGUGGGAUCCAUCCUCUUUAUUCCGGGGCUUACUUUGACGAUUCUCGGAAUACAACAGGCAAAGGAAACUGACUCGAUGUCUCCCGGAAAAGGGAUUAUGUACAAAGCGGUAGGCCCUAUAAUGUGCACGCUCGGUGUGGGCAUGCUAUUUGGAGCUGUGGUUUACUAUUGUUGCUACGGAAUGGGAGAUCAGAUCCGGAGAGAUGCCAACCAACAGAGUUCUGUGAUGUCAUCCGAAUCUAAAGGAAACCAAGGAACGCAUGCUAGUAUACGAAGUCACCAUGAAAAUGGUAGCCAUCUCGGAUCGCCUGAUGGAGUCAUUCGUCGCCCUAGUUACAAGGGAGAGCACCACUCUCCCCUCCACCAUCACACAUCGCACCACCACCAAUAUCACGCGAACAUGGGCUCUGACGAGGAGGCAGUACCCCCUUGCUCCAUCGGAAAACUUCUCAACGAUAGACAGUUCGUCGCCCUCCAAGCCCACGGUGUCCAUAACAGUUGAAGAUGUGUCCGACUCGGCUAUGCGUCACACAGAGGAGACGGAAUUAAUGAUCAACGGAGGUGUAAGGACUGAUAGUGUUAAAGUCUGAAGUUUCCUCAAUGGUGAUGGGAGAUUACAUAAAUCCUGCUCAAACUAUAUUUUGUGGCCUUCUGAUAGAAAGACUUUCCCAGGGCAGCAGGCUGAGCUAAACUAGACUGGUUGUGGAACUGAAGUCUAGAGCAUUAAGAUAAAUGUUGUAGUUGAUACCAAGUGGUAUGGUCUCAGCAUGUAGCGAGUUCUUUGUACGUCGGUAGUUGUAGCUGAGUCUAUGGGCAAUGCAGCGUACAGAAGGCGGAAGGCCCUGCGUCCACAAGUCCUGCACGAGCUGGAGAAGCACCUCAAAGCUGGAUACAAAUAUCACCAAUAUACGCAGCCACUUCGCAACGCACCAAUUGGAGGACGAUCUAGGAUACCGAAUUUGGUUUUAGAUUACAAUGGAUAGCCUACACGUCAUUUCUUCGCAUUUUUCAUUUGUGACAGUGUUUUGGCGUCUUUUAAAACGUAGUUUAAACAUUUGGGCACAUGUUUAUAUGUCCACGCACCGGAGUCCCUGCUCACUGAUUCUGCCUCCGAUUUCAAUGGCUUCCAUAUGGAAUAAUGUUCUGUGUUUCGUGUGUGUGUAUAUUUUACAAGUGGAAAAACGACAUUGCGAUAUUUCACUAAGGAGACUAUGCGUCAUAUUUUUCAUGGCGUCGAAGCAGAGAAAAGCCUAAUGUUGAUAUUCGAUCAGGGAAACAUCCAUGGUCCUCUUGUAUAUAAUCACAAACGGUAGCGCAAGUCAGUGUUGGGCAAAAUAAACUUUCAGUACAACAAAUGUUACCUAAGCCUUUUAAUGAACGUAUUAUGGCACUAUAACAUACAUUUUGCACAUGAAAUAUUUUUCAAAUAUGUCAUUUGCAAGUUAUUUAGCAGGAAUCGUACUGUAAUUGUACAAGACGUGCAAUAUGUCAUUAUAUAUGUCUUUGCUUCUUGGUCUGCAACAAUCAAUAUCAAUAUCGAUGACGAAUCUUGACUGGGAACUUAUGCUUCGACAGUUCCAACUGCACAAAAACUUUUUUGUGUUUGAUGAUACCCUGUGCCCUGUUACCACUGAUGUUUAAAUAUGAGACAAUUGGAGCAGAAGAAUACCAGAACAUACUGAGGAGCAGAUAUAUUCACAGACAAGACGUGUUAUCACAGCUGGGAGACAAGGCUGUACUAAGAUGCAUGAGGCACGUGUGUCCUGCACGAUGUCCAAGCCAGGUGACACUUGGAUACCAUGUGAUGUGUGGUGGAACUAUAUCACACAUGUCUUCGUGUAAUCAAACCCUUGAACUCCUCAUACCGUUCCCCUCCAUCCCUUCACAGUCUUCACCCAACAAUACCUUGUCUAAAUUCCUCACAUACAUAUAUCUUCCUCAUCUGAAAUGCACCUUUCUUCCUUACACCCCCUAUGUCCAUCCCCUUCAGUGCAUCAUAACGUUGACAUUGUUUUCCUCAGCUCCCCAUCUUCCUCCUCAGUCUUACAUCCAUCCUUCUCUAUUCAUAAGAUGCUUCAUCUUGCCCUGUUCACCUUACCAAACCAGCACUUCCCAUCCCAGUAUGUAUCCACGCUGUCUUCAUCACACGGUACACCAGAAUCCUCAUCAGUCACCGUCUCACCCUUCUCAGCUGCAUACAAACCCUUCCUUUCCAAAACGCAUCAUCAGUUUCUAUUCCCUCCCUGUUUAACUUGCCAACCUUCAUGUUCACACUCUCACCUCCACAUCACCCCUCCAGAGCUUGCCAACCCUACUCAUUCAACCCCCUCUCA